GAGAAUGACCCACUGGUGCAGAAAACAGCUGCCUUACCAUCAUAAUUAUAUGAAUCUGAUCUGACCUUGUAGUUAAACAGUCAUGGCGAGCUUGAUUUUUUUAAGCACUUUCUGCCAAAGGGGAAUAAGACCUGUGCUUCUCUGCCACACACACCUGUCUCGUGGGUUGGUUGCCUAUCAGAAGAAUCGAGAUAUAGAGGCUUUCCAUUUGGCAGCAGGGAGGAUCCACACAACUUCAGCACACUGCACAGUCUCAAAUUCACGAGCAGCCUCCAAGCACUGGACUGGUGAACGGGUAUUGAGUAUAGUUCUGUUAGGUAUGGCUCCAGCUGCAUACCUGUGUCCCAGUCCGCUACUGGAUUACUCUCUUGCUGCGGCUCUCACACUGCACGGACACUGGGGGAUUGGUCAAGUCCUAACAGACUAUGUCCACGGUGAUGCUAAGGUCAAGCUGGCUAAAGCUGGUGUCUUGUUGCUCUCCACAGCCACGUUCUUUGGUCUCUGCUAUUUCAAUUAUCAUGAUGUUGGUCUCUGCAAGGCAGUCACCAUGCUCUGGCAAAUAUGAUUAUAUGGCCAGAAUUAAACUGACUGGUUUGAAGGAUUAAUCACCAUUUUAGGUACUUGAGGUAGUUUUAAAAGGUACCUAUCUUCAACUUAACAAAUGACAAUAUACCGUCUCCUAACAUAUGUUACAUGUUUAAAUAAUAUUUGUCAUAGUGAUAUUUCACACAAACUUUUGGAUUGUUGGCUAAAUGAAGAGCAAUGUCUGUUGAUGGCCUGUAGGCUAUUUACUGAGCAUUCCAGAUGACUAUUAGUACUGUAUAUGAGAACAAGGGAGGUCUCUAUGUGUAAGAGACUAUGUUCAGGAACUGUUAGUAUUUAUUAUUUCAGCAGUUACAGUCAAUGUCCAGCAGAGGUCAGUGCUUUUCAGUUUUAUUGGGAAUGCUUGAUCAUAUUCACAAUGUCUGCAGGUCACAUCUGUGUUUACAAUAUGCUUUAAAACCAACAAAUUUACUUGAAUACACUUGCGUAUUUGUUUUAUUUGAAGCAUGAUAAUGUUAUCUUCUUAAUAAUAUUAUUACUUAGCACCAGCACCUGAGGCUUUAAUAUGGAACCAUUCAUAGAUUGCAUGUUUCACAAGAAGUUUGUUUUGUAUGUUUGAUUUGAAUGUAGAUGGGCACCUCUCUGAAACACCAGUGAGACCUUGAUCUCUUCACAGAAUUCAAAUAAAGGCUAAAUAAUGAUUCCAGACUGUUGUGGACACAUUAUUUAUUUAUUUUGACUACUGCAUUUCGUAGUCAAAGUUCUCUAGUUAUUUUGAACACAUUUAACAAGGAACCACAUAUAAACCUGUGAAACAC